AUGUUAUCCUCCUCAUACAGCCUCACAGAAAUACAACGUCGAAUAGAUGAAGUCAAGCAGUUUCUCUCUGUAACUCUGAGCAUCGCUAAUGCUCACACUGUGGAGUUUUACACUCACGACGCAUGGAAUCGGUUCGUGGCUAUGCCACCUCAGGAGGUCCUGUCAACCAUUAGCCCAUGUAAUGACGUUAGUGACCAGCAGAGGGAGCCAGAACACAAAGCAAAAGAGCAAUCCAGCACCACAUUCGGGUUUUGCAAUGAUACAAACCGGCUGGUUGAUGCUUGUGAACUGUUGCGGGCGGCCAAGGCUCAUUCUCUCUCUGGCCUUGGAGUCUGUAUGAGCAGGGAUGAGCUACUGCAGGCCCUCAGAGAGAACAGAGCUGAGCGUGGAGGUCCAGCAGCAGCGACAGGUGUUGAGCUGGAGACAGAUGAAUUUAUGAAUUCUAAGAAAUCUCAUGAGGUCCAGUCCAUGUCUGAGGUGGUGGCCUGUCUGGCCCAGCGCUGUGGAGUCAAACAGGUGAUAGAUGUAGGCUCUGGGAAAGGCUACCUGAGCUCCUUCCUGUGUCUGCAGUACGGCCUCCGGGUCUAUGGCAUCGACUCCUCUAGCACCAACACCCACGGAGCCCAGGAGAGGAACAGGAAGCUAAAGAAGUUUUCCAGGGCGUACCAGAAACGCAACAGGGCAGUGAGGGCACAAGCAAAGGCCACACAUUCACCUCAGGAGGAGUUAGUAGAAAUAAAGCCUGAAAUGGAUGGAGACGAUGUUUUACAUGGCGAUGGGGCAGGGAUUGUGUCACAGGAGGAGGAGAAGGUGUUAAUCGGCUUAUCAGAUGUCAACCCUGCAGUGGAAAGGCAUUCCGAGCCAAACCCAGAAACAGAGGAGCUCUUCCUCAGUGCCCUAUCAGUGGACGUGAUACAGCCUACAUCCCCCAGAGUUCCCCCCGGCCGGCUUACUGCUGAGGAGAGAGAGAGGAGGAAGAGGGAGAACCUGGAAAGGAAAGCUCAGAGCAGAACCGCCAGCGCUAGCGUCGGGUUUUCCCCGCUCACUUCUUACGUUACUGCAGAAACGGAGCUGCGAGAGCUCAUCAACGAGCUGGAGGACGCGGUCAUGGUCGGCCUGCACACGUGUGGCGACUUGGCUCCCAGCACCCUGAGGAUGUUUGUGGCUAAACCAGAGCUCGUCGCAGUCUGCAGCGUGGGCUGCUGCUAUCACCUGCUGUCUGAGGAGUUCGACCCUGCCGGACAGGAGUGUUUGCACAGUGUGUGUGGCUUCCCUCUGAGUCAGCACCUCCGCGACGGGUCCUGGCUCUGCGGCAGAAACGCCAGGAUGUCGGCGUGUUUGGCACUCGAGAGAGUCUCACGCGGCCAAGGGAUCCAGAUGGAGUCUCUGUUUUACCGAGCGGUCCUUCAUGUUAUACUGAGGGAUCACUACGGCUCCUUUAAAAGUGAAAAGCGAGUUGGGAAUGUCUACUCCAAGGCUAAAUCCUUCGUGGACUACGCUCGCCGAGCCCUACGCAGACUGGAACUGGAUGAAUUAAAGCUGUCUGACAGUGACCUCCAGGAUUACCACGACACAUACAGACCGCGAAUGGGCGAGAUGCAUGCCUUUAAUAUGUUGAAGGUGACUCUGGCUCCCUGUAUUGAAGGUCUGAUUCUCCUUGACCGCCUCUGCUACCUGAAAGAACAGGAGGAUUUAUCAUUCUCUGCACUGGUGCAACUCUUUGAUCCCCUGCUGUCACCGAGAUGUUACGCAGUCGUUGGGCUGAAGACUUACGAAGACAGAAUUUCAUGUUGAUGAACUUCUACAUAUGCACAUGAUUAUAAUACGCGGCUCGCGAGGCCAUGAUUGUACAUGAUUAUAUCAGCAAUCACGCUCGAGUGAUUUUGUUAUGUAUGUGUUCUCUCAUGCUCGUUUUGAUUAUAUGUAUGAUUUAAUCUAAAAUGUGUCAUUUAUUCAUGCAGCGUCGAUCUCUUUUAGCAACAUCUUGUUCCGUUUUAUAUACUUUACUGUUUUUGAUGAAAAAUAAAUCUGGAGUA